AUGAAGCACUUCGAGGACCUGGCAGAAGCGAGAGAAGAAAAGGAUCCUGCAUUUCGCUCGUUGCUCUUCCUGGACGUCUUGGCGAAUCUCGUGGCAGACAUCUCCGAGGACUGGACAUCAUUGGAAAAGCUCGGAAUCUUGCGGAAGGGUACGCUGCACCCACGAACAGAGUAUUAUGCGAACUGGUGUCAGCUGGUUCUGGCCGUCGUAGAAAUCUUGGUCACCAAGAAAAAAGUGGACCGCGCGAAGGAGAAGGCUUCAGCUUCCAUGGCAUCCGCUUCCGGGCCCGAAACGCAGCGGAAGGCAGUCUUGGCGCAGUUGGAGCUCAGCAAGUUCGUGGCUGAUCUGGUCAAGGCUUUCUGGGACUGUGAGCUCCCCUUUGCGUCUGAGCUGGCGUUUUGCGUGUCUGGACUUUGGGCUGCCUUGGUGAGCACUCACAAGUAUGCAUUGCGGGCCAUAAAAUGA